UUUCAUUUUUUGUUUAUAUCUUUAUUAAUUUCUUUAUAUAUUUUAAUAAAAAUGGCCCGUAAAAGUUUUGAUUAUUACCAAUCUGGUUCUUCCAAUUACGGCCCUCCUUUUAUUGGAAGUAAUAAUAAUAACGUUGGAGGGCCACCUCGAAAGAUGAGUCUAAUUGUGAUGCAACAGCAACGCAAAAAGUCGCUUUGUAUCAUUCCAAAGCCUUGGGGAGAUUCUAGUGAUUAUUACUCUACAACUAUUGCAAAGGCAGCGUUUCUCUCUUCAACAAUGCUGCAACAACAACAACCGACAUCAACAAGUACUCCACAAACUAAUCAACAACAAUUAAAACCAGGUCAGAAAGUUCGUCCAGACGAUAGACGUAGAAGUGGUCUGGGUACAAUUAAAGAAUGUUCUAAUAUUGGAAUUGGUUUAACACAAACACAAUUAAUGACACCAAAUUUGGCUAACAAACGGGAUUCUAUGGCUAUGAUAGCCGAUUUAUUGGCUGCCACUUCUCUUGGUCCUGGAAGGAAAUUGCCUCAAUCAUCACUUCUCGAGCACCCAACAGCCAAAAGAAUCCUUAAAUUAGCCUGCCUAAUUUCCCUCAUAAAUGUUUGUUUUCACACACCUCGAACCAUUCAAUUAAUUCCAAAUUUAAAUCUGGCAUUAAUUAUUGGGGAUGCUUUUGUUGUUGGGGUUUUUACAUUAGAAGCCUUUACACGUUCUGCAAUUCUUGGAUUAAUUCAACGUCCAGAUUCGUAUUUACGUGAUCGUUGGUGUCAAUUCGAUUUUUUACUUUUACUUUUUCAUUGGGCAUCCUGGAUUCUUCAUUUAUAUCAAAUUGGUGUUAAACAUAUUUUUCCUUCAUUUGGUUUUGUUUAUUAUGAUUGGCUGGGGAUAAUAAGAUGUGUUAGGCCUAUGAUAAUUCUUCGAUUAAUAAGAUUAAUGAUAACAGUAAAAGUGCCAAGACAAAGAAUACAGCAACUUCUCAAGCGUUCAAGUACUCAAGUUCAAAAUGUGACAGUUUUCUUUCUUUUCUUUAUGGCUUUAUAUGCAAUUAUGGGUAUACAAUUAUUUGGAAGGAUGGAUUAUCAUUGUGUUUUGCCUGGAACUGAUCCAAAAAAUGUAACAAUAAAUGAUUUGGCUAUUCCAGAUACUAUGUGCUCAAAGGAUGGUGGGGGUGGAUAUGAAUGUCCAGAAAAUAUGGAAUGUAUGAAACUCGAUUUGAGUGCUAAAAGUGAAGGAUUUUAUGGAAUGUUUGAUCAUUUUGGUGCUUCUGUGUUUACUGUUUAUUUAGCUGCCUCAGAAGAGGGUUGGGUAUAUGUACUUUAUGAUUGUCUAGAUUCUUUACCUUCACAUUUUGCUUUUGUUUAUUUUGUUACUUUAAUAUUUUUUCUUGCUUGGCUAGUUAAAAAUGUUUUUAUUGCCGUAAUUACUGAAACUUUUGCUGAAAUUCGUGUACAAUUUAGUGAAAGUUGGAAAAAAGAGGAAAGAACAAAAAUUGAAGAUGAUUUUAAACAAAAAAUUGAACGUUCAGAUGAUGGGUGGAAAUUAAUUCGUUUAGAUAAAGAAGAAAAAUUGAGUCCGAGAAUUAAAAAAUUUCAAAAUAUACUUCGUUCAACAGCCUUUCAAUGUAUUAUUGUAACUUUAGUUUUGGCAAAUGCGGGAAUUAAUGCAUCUUUUGUUUAUAAACAUGAUGAAAGUGAUGCAAAAAGAAGAGAAAUUUAUUAUUGGAUUGAAGUAGCAUUUACGAUAUUAUUUGACAUUGAAUGUUUUAUUAAAUUACUUUGUUAUGGAAAACAAUUCUUUAAAAGAAAUAUUUAUAAAUUUGAAUUAAUAUUAGUUAUUGGGGGGACUUUAAAUGUUUUUAAAUAUUUUUAUCAUCAAAAUUAUUUUACUUAUUUUCAAGUUUUCCGUCUUCUUCGUUUAAUUAAAGCUUCUCCAAUGCUUGAAGAUUUUGUUUAUAAAAUUUUUAGUCCAGGCAAAAAAUUGGGGGGUUUAGUUCUUUUUACUUUUACUUUUGCUAUUUGGGCGUCAGCAGUUUCUUUGCAAUUAUUUUGUACAGUCCCAAAUUUAACACAUUUCCAAACAUUUCCCCAAGCAUUUAUGGCUAUGUUUCAAAUUAUAACACAAGAAGGAUGGACUGAAUUUGUGGUUGAAGUUUUAAGAAUGAUUGAUGAUAGAAUGGUGCCUUUUGUGGCAAUUUAUUUUGUUGCCUAUCAUCUUUUUGUGACAUUAAUUGUUUUAAGUCUCUUUGUUGCUGUUAUUUUAGACAAUUUAGAAAUGGAUGAAGAAUUAAAAAAAGUUAAACAAUUAAAAGCUAAAGAAGCGACAGCAGUUAAAACAACCCUUCCUUGGCGUCUUAGAAUAUUUGAGAAAUUCCCAACAAGACCACAAAUGGUGCAUUUAAAGAAAGUAGUCAAUGAAUUUAAUACUCCAAAAGUUAGAGAUUCUUUUACUAAUCAAUUUGUUUGGAGUGAAAAAGCCGAACAAUCAAAACUUGCUAUUUCAACUGCAAAAUUACUUACCCAUUUAGAAAAUAAAGCACAAACAAGAAUGUUAUCUAAAUUUGCUGCUAAAAGCCGUUCAUCAUCUAAAAAGCCUCAAGACAGUUGUCUUUAUAAGAGAUAUGUAGGGCAUUGCUCAAUGCGCUCUCUUUUGAAAAAUUUAGUGAAGGAUGCUUCAAAGGAAGGACAGUCUCAAAUGGGCGGUAUGGGACUUGGCCCCUCUGGCACAAAAGCGAGAGGAAAGUCAAUGAGUUUUUUUGAACAAAUACUGACUGAGAAUGGAGAUAUUAAUCGAGAACAUGUUGGACAAACAAAACAAGCAAACACAUUCUCUGGGGCGACAGCAACGGCAACUACAACAAUGACAACUUCAACACGACGAGAUCUAAAACAAGGGCAAUUUGAUAUACGUGCAUUACAACAUAAACAACAAAUGGCAGAAAUUACUCGUAAUCGGAUUGAAGAGGAAAUGCGAGAAAAUCACCCUUACUUUGACCGCCCAUUAUUUAUUAUUGCCCGAGAUUCAAAAUUAAGACGUUAUUGCCAUCGUAUAGUCCAUGCCCGUUGGGGAGGUGAUGGAUCCAUUGGUUUAGGAGAUACAAUGAAUGGUGGCUCUAGAACAGCAAAUGCUGGUGGUGGAACUAAAAGGAAUAACCAAAUACACGAAUUGUUGGGAUUGAUGCCUUAUUUGGAUUGGACAAUGGUGUUGAUUACAUUAAUCUCCUGUGGUUCUAUGCUUUUCGAAAAUCCCUGGCCAACUACUGGCGAAAAUUUAGUUAUGUUUAACUUUUAUUUGCAGAUUCCUGAUUAUUUAUUUGUUUUGGCAAUGACUUUGGAAUUAAUUGCCAAAAUGAUUGCAGAUGGUCUCUUUUUUACUCCAAAUGCUUUAAUUAAUGAUUUUGGGGGUGUAAUGACUGUUUUUAUUUAUUUGACGAGCUUAACAUUUUUAAUUUUAAUGCCAAAACAUGUUGAGAUUAACUCUUUGGAGCAAUUUUUAAUGAUUUGUCGAGCAAUGCGUCCUUUAAGGAUUUAUACUUUAGUGCCGCAUAUUAGGCGUGUUGUGUUGGAAUUAUUUCGCGGAUUUAAAGAAAUAUUACUUGUAACAAUUUUAAUGAUUGUUGUAAUGUUUAUUUUUGCUUCUUUUGGUGUCCAAACUGUUGGAGGUAAAUUAGCUGCAUGUAAUGAUUUAACUAUUAAACAUCGAAAUGAAUGCCAUGGUGUUUUUUGGCAAAAAGUUUUUGUAACAAGAUUAGAAAUUUACGGGAAAAAUAAUGAUACAAUGCAUCCAAAAGUGUUGGUACCUCGUGUUUGGACGAAUCCCCGAAAUUUUAAUUUUGAUCAUAUUGGAGCUGCAAUGUUAGCUUUAUUCGAAACACUCUCAUACAAAGGAUGGAAUGUUAUUAGGGAUAUUCUUUGGGCACGUCAAGGACCUUGGGCUGUUGUAUUUAUUCACAUUUAUGUAUUUAUUGGUUGUAUGAUUGGACUUACAUUAUUUGUUGGGGUUGUAAUUGCUAAUUAUACUGAAAAUCGAGUAAUAUAG